AUGACAGAAAAUGUACGAAAGGAGUUAAAAUAUUCUGAUGGAAUCGCUUACAUUAAAAAAUUAAUUUCAAUUUCAAUAUUUCCAUCAUUAUUUACGAUCACUGAGCGUUGCAAUGCAAUAAAAUGCUUCGCCUAUAUGAUAUCUCGAUUUCCUCAAGAACUAAAUCGUCAAGAUAAAAUUAUUGUAAUCCAUUGCAUGGAAUUUGUCAGAAUUCGUGGCGAAACAGGUACAGGCCCAAUUAAUGCAGCAUGUCUAGCUGCAACUGCCAAACUUGCUUUGGUCAGACCAGAACUAAAAAUUGCCUUACACAAAAGAAUUGAAGCUCUACUCGAUCAAUUCAAGAGUCUUUCGAUAGAGAUGAAAUGCGCUUUAUUAAAGGCGAUAUUUCCAAUCGAUCAUACUGCGAAAAUCAUAAAAGAUGUUGAAAAAUUGAUCAAACAAAAAGAACUAUUUGACAACGAUGCUAUACACGCCCUUGCUAUACGUGCAUAUGUUAGCACACUCGUUAGAUUGAACAAAACAUCCAAAGAAAAAGUCCGAAAUGGAAUUAUGAAUUCAUUAGCCCCAAAGAUCAAGGAAUUCGAAUCAAUAGAUGCCAAGAAGUAUAUAUUCAAGACUUACGGCUAUUUAUUACAAAAUGUCGAGGAAUUAUCGGAGCCGAUUUUGGAAAUUUUGACAGACAACAUUUCGAAUCGUACUGCAUUCCAACAGCUCGGAUACUAUUACAUCAAGCAAAAGAACCUUGAAAAAGCGAAAGAACUUUACGAUUUAGCAUUUUCUCAUGUUAAAAUCAAUUUUAAUAUGACUCCCGACCCAAAGAUUCACAAAAUGCUCUUCAAAUUAGCUAUUGCCUUUCCUGAAUUUACGGAAUGCACAAAACGUUGCAUAAUUAUAAGAUUAGAUGUUAUGCAUGCUUUGUUUUGCGAUUUUGCCUUGAUUUCCCAUGCUCAUCUUCCAGAACAACAUGAUGCAACCAUGAAGACCAAUAAAUGGCCGGAUUAUAUUGACGUACGAACCAAAAAUCUUUUUGACGCAAAUUUAAUUUAUCAAAGUCGCUCAGAGAUCAAGAAACUCACAUUCUUCCAAAAGAUCAACUGGAAUGACUUCGAUUUCCUUCACGGAAACACAGGACAUUUUUAUUUUCUCUCAAGCCAACAAAUUUUUGCAGAUCAGGUAUCAGCAUUUUCUACUAUCGUUAAUUAUCGUCGCGAUGUGAGGCAUCUUUUGCCAAUUUUCAGCUUUGCAUUAAAAGAUCAACAAUCUCACCCAGAAAGACCAAAAUGCCAAGCUUCUGAUGUUGCAGAAUUACUAGGAAAGUCAUCAAAUUACUACAAUACCUCUUUCUUUAUCACAUUAAUACAUUUCCCACAAUACAUUGACAAUCCAUGCAUCAUUACUUUAUUCGAGGAUCUUAUAUCGAUUCGUGAUACAUUUGAUUUGAUGACUAAGCAACAUUUAUAA